AUGUCGGAAAGUUCCUGGACAGAAUGGUCCCAGAACGUCAUCUCUACUCUCCAAGAUUCCGUUACCUCCUUCCUCGUGUCCACCGAAAACCGCGCCGAUGCCCUCCGCGCCUACAUCGCUGAGCACCCCAGUGCCUCGUUCCGAGAUAACCCCUGGGCCCUAAUGGCCGCAAUCGAGGACUUUGCCACUACCAAAUCCCAUAUGAUGAUCUUCCGGGAGUCGAAGAUGAGGAUCGCGCGUGCCGCACUAGAAGCCAUGCCGGUGAAACCGAAGGUGAUACUGGAGUUUGGAACAUACGUGGGCAACUCGGCCCUGGCAUGGGGUGCCAUCCUGCAAAGUCUGCACGGGGCGGAUGCGGCCGCGCAGGGGUGCAGAGUAUAUACUUUCGAGAUAGAUCCGGGGAUGGUGCGUGUCGCGAGAGAGUUCAUUCAGCUGGCUGGAUUGGACGAUGUGGUGCACGUUUUGGAAGGGCCUGCGGCGGAGUCGGUAAAGAGGUUGUAUGAGGAGGGGAAAAUUGCUCGGGGUGGAGUGGACAUGGUCUUUUUCGAUCAUUGGGAGAAGUACUAUUUGCCGGAUCUGUUGCUGUGUGAAGACUUGCGGGUCUUGAGGGAGGGAUCGUUAGUGAUUGCGGAUAAUACGGAUAUGCCUGGUGCACCGCAGUAUCUGAAACAUGUGAGGUCGGGGGGUGGUGGGGUACUAGGCAUGGUGAGGUAUGAGAGCAAAGCGUUUGAGAGUACCACGCAAAUAGGAGUACCGAAUAUUGUGGAGAUUAGCACCGUUGUUGAGACAUAGGGUGGAAAACCAUCCCACACAGAGUGAGUUCCUGCUGGAAGGCUGGUACCAUUUCGGCAGGAAUAUCUUCAUUGUCAAUCUCGAUCCUCGAUAACGAUGAAAUGUAUAUUUAUAAGGUCAAGACCAUUUUAUCAGCA